ACACACGGAUACCCCCUGCCCCCAACACACACACACACACACACACACACACACACACACACUCUUAGCCUUGGGCUUGUAGAUGCCAGAUGUGUAACACUUCAGCUGACCUUUUGGCUGGAAUUUCUUCCUACCUUAGGGAAAUGUAGAUUCCUCAAGGAGUAUUUCUGUAAGUCUUGUCAUUUCUUUAUGCUUAGGUGGAAAUGAAGUUUGAAACAUUUUUCAGAAUGGCUUUCAGUCAGUGGCUGAGGGAUUUGGGAGGAGGUGGUUCCGAAGGGCAGAGUGGGAGUAAGGCCAGGCUAGGUUGGGGCCAUGCUUGUUGGGGACAUUUGGCCACUCGAGUUUGCAGUCCACCAAAAGGAACAGGGGCGGGCGGUCUUGGCUCCUGCCCAGUGCCCACAUCCUAGAGUUUGGGCCCAGGUAAAGGGGUGGAGCUCUGGGAACCUGUUUUCCCUUCCCAGCCGGUCCACAGCCUGAAUAGGUGGCCCAGGGUACGUUGGUGGUUUCAGGCCCUGGGGACUGCCCGUGCCUUCUCCCCCAGGUGGCUCGGCCUGUUGGGGGCGUGGAGCCGGGAAGGAUUACCGGGGCCCCAGCUCCGGUUCGGCCCCUGACGAGGAGGAGAGGAAGCUUCUCCUCAGUCCGGCCUCAGGGCUGCUCCCUGGCUGGUACUAGAGGUGCCCUGAGCUCUCCCUAAGACGUCCAUGUCCAAAGGCCAUCUCAGUCACAUCUGUGUGCGUCCCCGGUGGACCGAGGCCGGGGCUCUGCAGAGGCCCGCCCCUCCCCCGCCGCACGCACCCGUCCGCUGCACCUUUGGUGGGGAGGCGAGCGGCUGCACUUGUGCUGAGUUCAGGCCUUCUGCGGAGGGAGAAAUCUGUCGAGGAGGCACAUUUCAGCUCCCAGCCGCCACGCUCGGCACUUUUCUGUGUGAUCUCUUCAGGAAGUCACCGGCGUGCUCAGCAUUCGGAGGGGAGGGAGGAUGCGAGUGGGAAAAGCUGGCGGUGGGCCUUUUCCUUUGGGCUGGCAGUGGCUGGGCCCAGGGCAGUGUCCCUGCACCCCGACUCAGACUCAAGACUAGGGGAGCCCCUCCGGCUCUGCCAUGAGGGCCUGGCCUCCAGGGUGGGUUUGGGGACCUGAGGAUCCUCUGACCAUCUUCUCCAUCCUCUGCCCUGGGACGCCCGCCUCCGAGCCCAGAGUGGCCUGGCUGUGAUGAGGCGCCUCCUGGGGCCAGGUUGGGUGAGGCGGGGGCUCCACCCUGGAGCUGGCUGCACCUCCACAUCCCUCCCAGCCCAGACUCUGUCUCCCCAGUGGGUAAGAGACCGCGGUCUGUGUUAGUCCUGCAGCCACGUACUUCUUUCUGAGCCUGACCUGGAGAGCAGGGGGUGAAGGGGGUGGAGUGGGGGGCUGGCUGAGCCAGAAUUGCCAGGAUUAGAUGCACAGAAAUGUCCUUGGCAGGACUUCAAGAAGGAGAAAGUGAGGGCAGAGUGUGGGAGGGGCAUCUGAGUGGGUGCCAGGGUGGCCCUUCAGUCUGGCCCCCCAGCUCACUUCUUGUUCCCUGCGCUGUGGGCAGUGACCCCAGGCAGGGAACUGAGGGGGCUGGGAAGGCCCUCAGGUGACCAAGCAGGCACUCUGAUGAAACUGAGGAUGGGGUGGGGCAGGGGCACACGAUGCUGCAAUCCGAAGCCACAGGAAGGUUGCCCCAUCGGCAGUGGGGGUGGACUGAGUCCGACCCGACCCGCGCAGGAGGGCCUGCCACCCGGAGGGCUGGGGGGGGGUCCCCUCCAUGCUGGAAAGAGAGUGCCUCGUGCUGUGCCCCCCGGGUUAUGACGACCCCCAAUAAAGGAAACAAGGCCUUGAAGGUGAAGCGGGAGCCAGGCGAGAAUGGCACCAGCCUGACUGAUGAGGAGCUGGUGACCAUGUCGGUGCGGGAGCUGAACCAGCACCUGCGGGGCCUGUCCAAGGAGGAGAUCAUCCAGCUGAAGCAGCGCCGGCGCACGCUCAAGAACCGCGGCUACGCAGCCAGCUGCCGCGUGAAGCGGGUCACCCAGAAGGAGGAGCUGGAGAAGCAGAAGGCGGAGCUGCAGCAGGAGGUGGAGAAGCUGGCCUCCGAGAACGCCAGCAUGAAGCUGGAGCUCGACGCGCUGCGCUCCAAGUACGAGGCCCUGCAGAACUUCGCCAGGACGGUGGCCCGCAGUCCCGUGGCGCCGGCCCGGGGCCCCCUCGCGGCCGGCUUGGGGCCCCUCGUCCCUGGCAAGGUGGCUGCCACCAGCGUCAUCACGAUAGUAAAGUCCAAGACGGACGCCCGAUCGUAGGGACGCGCGCUUGCCCGGGCGGGUCUGCAAGGGGCCAUUAGGCGCAUGGCGAGUUUGGCAGCCCUGUCCCCUUCUUUCUCCCCUCCUCCUCUUCCUCUCCUGCCUCCUCCCUUCCCUGCAAAGCACAACCUGCACCCCUGGGGCGCCGGGCUGAGCCCCUUUGA